CCAAGUGUGUUCAGCAGUCAUGCAUCUAGACGCGUGACAAUUCUGACCUCAUGUGGGGUCUCUCAGGAUGAUUGGCAGACUGCAAAUACUUGAUACUCAGCAAGCGCGUUAUAGGAGUAAACCCGGGACUCAUGCAUAGUUUGGCUAUCAGUCACAACGCGGACGUUAGCAUCGACUUGUCACGCGUGCCAUGUUUUGAUGGAGCGCGAAAGUCUAGACGUAGAAAGCGGAGGACGACACGGCAGAGGACCCGACAAAGUGGUACGAACACAAAACAUCUCCUGAAGUGCCAUGUCGCCCAAUCACGAAGAUCUUGGGGGCGGGGAACGCAGUUGCAUCGGCUUGAUGAGUGCGCCGCGAGCCGUGUUCGCAUUUGGUUAGGAGGCCGGGCAGCUCGAAUCAGGCUGCUGCCCCUGACAUCAUGAUGGCUGACGAUUGAGAGUAGGUUGCGGAAGCUGCAGACAUCAGCCCAUGCCAGAACCCUUUGCCCAAGUGUCCGCGCGAAUCAAUGGCAUCAGCGGGCCCCCCUCAACCAGGACAGCGCGGGAAGCUGGGUCAUCCUUGCCCAUGUCCUCU